AUGAUAGCUAUACUAACCCUUGAUGUCGCAGGAAACACUGUCGUACUUGAGCGGUGGAUACCUUAAGCCGGCUUUUCAUCGCGUCGCAGUACCGCCUGAAGACCAACGCCACCUUCCUCGUCUAAGCGUGAUAUACUUCACUCGUCCAGACAACGAUACGGCUGUGAUGGUCGUGGACAGUCCUGUCGUCCGCCGCGCGGAUUGCCGACGGUUAAAGUUAUGAAGUGCUUUUUCAUGGAAAUCUUCGCGUUGGUCUGUCAUAGUGUCCGAAGGGAAUUAAAUCACUAAGCUCCAGAAAAAAAGAACGCUAAGCAGGAAGAAGUAAGGCAUAUUCCUGAGGAGGUUAGUGCUGUCGAAAUUAGUGAAUUGAGG